AUGCGGGAAGCAGCAAUGUGGAGAAAGAUGCAGGGGAUUUCCAUGGAGGGUGAUGAGGAGCUACUGGCAGGUAAUGUGAGUGGUGUUAAAGCGACACGAAAAAGAGAUGAGUGGAUGACAGAGCUUCCACCGGAAAGGAAACAUGGUAUGAGUACAAUGCAGUCGACAUCGUUUAGCAGGAGUACUAAACAAGGGCGUGGGGAUACUAGUGGAUGGACUGAUGCUCCUUCUGAAAGAGCCUGGAAAGCUAAGAUGGAGUACUUACAAGCCUAUAAUGAGUUUGCAUCACUUGCUUCGAAUGAGGAGGAGAGGAAGAGGAGUUUAGUGGCAGAGUUGAUGGACAAUUACAAGAAAGAUAAACGAUCGAAAUCAUUGCUGCAAAAGCACCAAGAGGAGAUUAGAGCGAAGAGAAAAUACUCCAAGCAACAGGCAGAGGAGGAAGACUGGGUGGGGAAACAUCCGUGGAAGCCUUGGGACCGUGAGAAAGAUUUGGCAGGUGGUAGACAACGUGUGAAAUUGGAUUCAGAAAACAUGACUCGAGGUUUAUCAUCUCGGUUUUCUGGAGGAUCAUAUCAGAGGAACUUCCUUUAG